AUGGUUGAAUUGGAGAAGAACUCCACUGAAGAGCUUAAGAAGAGGACACGAAAGCGAAACCGUGGGAAGAAGAACGACCAGCAAAGGGUGGAUGAAGAAACCCACAGCGUAGAAGAAAAUGCAGAAGAAAUCCAGGAGAAGAGAGAAAAGAAGGUUAAGAAAGUGAAGUUGCAGGGGAAAGGCAAAAUCGAAGAAAAGGAAGAGAAGAGGAAGAGGAAGAGGUGGAAGCAAAGGAAGAAGAAGAAGAAGAAGAAGGUGAAGAGGAGAAGAAGAUGGUGA